AUGGAAAAUCAACCAAAACGUAAUUUACAUAACCAUGAACGAAUUCAUAAGGAAAAACCAUAUUCAUGUGAUUUUUGUAAUAAAAAAUUUUCAUUUCAAUCUAAAUUAACGUUACAUAAAAGAAUUCAUACCGAAGAAAAACCAUUUUCAUGUGAAACUUGUGGUAAAUCAUUUACUACGUCUCAAAGUUUAAUUCAACAUAAUCGAAUCCACACGGGUGAAAAACCAUUUUCUUGUGAAAUUUGUGAUAAAAAAUUUCGUGAUCAAAGUAAUUUAAUUGUGCAUAAACGAACUCAUUCCGGUAAAAAACCAUAUUCUUGUGAAAUUUGUAAGAAAAAAUUUCGUCAUAAAAAUAGUUUGACUCAACAUAAACGAAGACAUACUGGUGAAAAUCAAUUUUCAUGUGAAGUGUGUGAUAAAACAUUUUCUCGAUUGUCCGGUUUAAUUCAACAUAAACGAUUACAUACAGGUGAAAAACCAUUUUCUUGUAAUAUUUGUGAUCGAAAAUUUAUGUGGCGUAAUACUUUUAUUGUACAUAAACGAUCUCAUUCGGGUGAAAAACCAUCUUCAUGUGAAGUUUGUUCAAGUAAUUCAUCAAAAAAACGAUUUUCUUGUGAAAUUUGUGAUAAAAAAUUUCGUGAUCGUAGUAAUUUAAUACAACAUAAACGAACUCAUACCGGGGAAAAACCAUUUUCUUGUGAUAUUUGUAAUAGAAAAUUUCGUUUCGUAGAUAAUCUCAAAAUACAUCGUAAACGAACACAUAUUGGUGAAAAAUCAUUUUCAUGUGAAGUGUGUGAUAAAAAUUUUAAUCAUCGUCAAGACUUAAUUGAGCAUAGAAGAAUUCAUACCGGGGAAAAACCAUUUUCUUGUAGUAUUUGUGAUCGAAAAUUUAGUUAUCGAAGUGGUUACAUUGUGCAUAAACGCGCUCAUAUUAAUGAUAAAUCAUUAUCAUGUAAAGUUUGUGAUAGAAAAUUUACUGAUUUACCCAGUUUAACGAUUCAUAGAAAAAUUCACAUCGAAGGCGACGAAGAAAAUGGUUUGAACAAAGAAAAAAAGGUUAAAAACGCAACACAUACCGGUGAUAAACCAUUUUCUUGUAAAAUUUGUGGUAAAUCAUUUUCACAAUCUCAACGUUUAAUUCUACAUAAUCGAAUUCAUACGGGUGAAAAACCAUUUUCUUGUGAAAUUUGUGAUAAAAAAUUUCGUUAUCCAGGUAAUUUUAGUGAACAUAAAAAAAGACAUGCUAGUGAAAAAUUAGUGAAAAACGAGAUUAUUGUAGAAGAAAAUAAAGAAAAAAAAGAAAAUAAAGAAAAAUUAAAUGUGGAGCAAAUAUUGAUUAAAGAGGAAGCAUUCGAAGAAAAUAAUACAAUUGUAGCUAAAGAUGAAACCAAUAAAUUGGAGGUUAAAACUGCUUCAAAAUGUGAAAAAAAUAAACAAUUUUCCUGUGAUUUUUGUAAUAAAUCAUUCAAACUACGAAUUUAUUUAAUUGUACAUCAACGCACCCAUACCGGUGAAAAACCAUUUUCAUGUGGAAUUUGUGGUAAAUCGUUUUCUCAGUCUCGAUAUUUAAUUACACAUAAUCGUAUUCACACUGGUGAAAAACCAUUUUCUUGUGAAAUUUGUGGUAAAUCAUUUUCACAAUCUCAACGUUUAAUUCUACAUAAUCGAAUUCAUACGGGUGAAAAACCAUUUUCUUGUGAAAUUUGUGAUAAAAAAUUUCGUUAUCCAGGUAAUUUUAGUGAACAUAAAAAAAGACAUACUAGUGAAAAAUUAGUGAAAAACGAGAUUAUUGCAGAAGAAAAUAAAGAAAAAUUAAAUGUGGAGCAAAUAUUGAUUAAAGAGGAAGCAUUUGAGGAAAAUAAUCCAAUUACAGAUGAAAAUGAAACCACUAAAGAGGUUGGAACUGCUUCAAAAUGUGAAAAAAAUAAACAAUUUUCCUGUGAUUUUUGUAAUAAAUCAUUCAAACUACGAACUAAUUUAAUUGUACAUCAACGCACUCAUACCGGUGAAAAACCAUUUUCAUGUGAUUUUUGUGAUAAAAAAUUUCGCAGUCAAUCUUGUUUAAUUGUCCAUAAACGAAUUCAUACCGGAGAAAAACCGUUUUCUUGUGGAAUUUGUGGUAAAAAAUUUUCACAACAAAGUGGAUUAUAUCUACAUAAAAGAGUGCAUACGAGAGAAAAACCGUUUUUUUGUGAAGUUUGUGAUAGAAAAUUUACUGAUUCACGUAGUUUAACGAAACAUAAAAGAAUUCACAGCCAAGGCGAUGCAGUAUUUGAAGAAGAAAAUGAUUUAAUUAAAGAAGAAUUACUUGAAAUUAAUGAAGACCCCCUUUUACUUGGAUUAGAUAAUGAAUAA